CGAAGACGAAGAGGAGAUGGACGUAUCUGCGUGGGAAGAACUAGAACUUCUACCCCAGACCUUGUCAUCGCUUUCAAAGCUCGGAUUCGCCAACCCUACGCCAAUUCAAUCCUCCGCGAUACCGGAAAUUCUGGCUGGCAACGAUGUGAUUGGGAAAGCGUCAACGGGGUCUGGAAAGACUCUAGCAUUUGGAAUCCCAAUUCUUGAGAGCUAUCUUGCACGACCAAAGAAGACUGCAAACGACACGAAGACCUCUGAGCAGAAGCCACCGCUUGCCUUGAUUCUAUCACCAACUCGAGAAUUGGCUCACCAAAUCACCGACCAUCUCAAUGCGCUUUUCGAAGGAGGGAAUUUUGACGGUCCAUUAAUCGCAACGUUGACAGGAGGUCUCUCAGAGCAGAAGCAACAGCGUCUGCUAGCCCAUGCAGACGUUGUGAUUGGUACGCCUGGGCGAUUGUGGCAAGCUAUGAGAGAAGGACACGGUCUCGUCAAACUAUUCAAGCAGACUCGAUUCUUAGUCAUUGAUGAAGCCGAUCGUCUUCUCUCUCAAGGCAACUUCAAAGAAGUCGAAGAGAUACUCAACGUCCUCGAACGCCAAGAUGAUGAAGCCGUUUCCGACGCCGAGUCCGAAACCUCAAGUCCAGCUCCCACAGCUGCCGUAACUCCUCCCCGCCAAACUCUCGUCUUCUCCGCAACCUUCAACAAAGAUUUGCAACAAAAACUCUCGGGUCGAGCCCGCAAGUCCUCCACCUCAAACCUCGCCACCCCCCAACAGUCUAUGGAAUACCUUCUCACCCGCCUCCGCUUCCAUGCCUCCCCAUCUGGGAAACCCAAAUUCAUCGACGCCGAUCCGUCUUCCCAACUCGCUCACAAGAUUCGUGAAGGUCUCGUCGAAUGUGGUGCGCUAGAAAAGGAUCUUUACGCCUACGCACUCCUGCUCCAUCACCCGAACGUUCGGACGCUUCUCUUCACGAACUCAAUAUCCGCUGUCCGCCGCCUAGCACCAUUCUUGCAGAACCUGGGCCUUCCGGCGCUGCCGCUGCAUAGCCAAAUGGCGCAGAAAGCGCGGAUGAGAUCUAUCGAGAAAUUCAAGUCCCAAGAAGGCGCAAUUCUUGUGGCGACGGAUGUUGCAGCGAGAGGGCUCGAUAUCCCAGCUGUGGCUUUGGUGCUACAUUACCAUCUACCGCGAGCUGCAAACACGUACAUACAUCGUGCGGGGCGUACGGCACGUGGAGAUGCUAGUGGAAGCAGCAUCCUCCUCUGUGCGCCCGAUGAGGUAGCAGGCGUGAGACGUUUGAUCGCGAAUGUACAUCAGAGGUCGACGUUCGCGUCUGAGCAACACGACAGCGAGGACUCCGGUGACAGUUCCGACGGAGACGAGGACGACAAAGCGACAGAAAAGAAGGUCACCAAGAAGAAGGAUUUCAAUAAAAAGAAAGGAAACCACUUUAUUCGCACCCUAGAUAUCGACCGCCGUCUGGUAGCCCGCAUCAAACCACGCGCAGAUCUCUCCAAGAAAAUCACCGAUGUCCAAGCCGCUAAAGAAAAAAAAUCAAGCGCUGAUGACUUCCUCCGCCAAGCCGCUGAAGAUCUCGGCGUUGACUAUGAUUCCGAGGAACUCGAUGCCCAAGGCUCUGCUGGAAGGAUGAAUAGAGGAGCAGGCCGCAAGAGGCGCGAGCGAGAAGCAAGGGGUAUGGGCAAGGAUGAAAUGGGCGCAUUAAGGGCCGAAUUGAAGGAUCUUUUGAGCCGGAGGGUCAACGUGGGUGUGAGCGAGAAGUAUCUGACCAGUGGCGGGGUGGAUAUCAACGCGCUGCUGAAGGGCGAUGGCAAAGGUAUCUUCUUAGGUCAGGUAAGUGGGGUAGGGUUGUUUGACGACAAAUGAACUUUACGGCCAAAUAGACGUACAGGACUAAGUUAUAAGCUUGGGCACACGCAUAUAUCACAGUUUCAGCUCCACUCUUGCUCGAUUGACACCACCGUAAGGAGUACCCCAGCCAAAAGGCAAUAGCUUCGUCAACAGGUAGUCUAAUAUUCACUACGUUGGCCUUGACAUCGCAUCUAGAGAGAUAAAAGCCUAUCGGGGUACCUCAAACAGUUGCAAGGGG